CACCUCGGCAACACCCUCUCGUCGUCGCACCCGCCCUCGACGCCGACGACGACCUCGGCCUCGAGUUCAAGGCUCUCCCCGCCGGCUCACACACCGUCUCCUCGGACAUUGUAUACUUCUCCAUCCCGCCCUCGCUUACAUCUCCCUCUACCCGCUACGGUGCAGCGGCCUAUGCUCGUCGCGAGCACCCGCUGGUCCCUCGCGGCGCUGUCACCGCUGCCGUCGGCGUCAUCGCUCCAUCCUACGCCCGCCUGCAUCUCUUCCUCCCCUUCCUUGUCUCGUCGGUCCAGUACCACAUCGAUGCUCUACUGGCAGUUGCUCUUGCCAAGGUGAGCAGUCCGUCGCCGCCACAGGAGCUUGCACAACCCGCGCUACUGGAUGAGCCGGCUUCAGCUGCCCCGGCUCCGCUCAUCGAUUUCGAGCCAGCCGAGCCGGGCGCACCAGCCGCUUCCGCUAAGGCCGCGGGCAAGGCUAAUGCCGAGGACGACUCGAACUCGGUCUCGUCAGCGAUCUCCGAAGACACGCCGCCAAUGGAUGCGCGGCCCACGCCGGCUGCCACGCUUGCCAGCCACCAGGGCGAAGCGCUUGCCGCACAGCUCGAGGCCUACCUGGCCACUCUCCUUGUCGACAACGCUGACGACGCCGCAGAUGGGGAUGAGGGGGCCUCAUCGUCGCUCCAGCCCAUUUCUGACCCGCUUGGCCCUCUCGUCUCGCAGCAGGACCAACUGACGGCUGUCAACCCAGUGGCUCGCUUUGAGAACUUUGUCCGCUACUUUGGCCCCUCCAUCUUUGUCCUGUGGAAAGCCAUGCUCCUUAAGAAGCGCAUUCUGUUCUUUUCACGGCCACCCAUCGAAGUUGUCUGCUUCCGAGUCUUCUUUGCCUGCCUCCUCGCCCAUCACGACAUUCCCAUGGUCUUUGACAUGGCGCUCAAUCCGCUCUUCUACGUCUCGGUCGCUGACAUUGACCAGCUUGAGCAGUACGCCGCCGACCGCACUCCGUUUGUCGCCUGUACCACCGAAGCCAUCUUUGCCGAGAAGCCGGCCCUUUACGACGUUUACGUCAACAAUCAGACUGUUGUGCUCGCCAAUCCCGACACCGAUGCAAAGGCCCUUGCCCUCACCCACGCUGACCGCGCCCGCUACCGCUAUCUGGUCCGCGCAUCCAACUCGGGCGAGCUGGGCUCCAUGACAGACUUUGUUCGUCGCACCAACAACACACUCCUGCGUGACCUCAAUGAGCUGGCCACAAACCGCCGCGGCGCCGCUGAGCGUGCUGCUCUCCACGCCUCGCUCUUCCCCGACGAGCUCUCGCUCUCGCCUCAGGACGCGCCGUUCGUGCGCGCCUUUUGCGCUCUGCACGACAUUGACAUCGACGUCAUCGGCAAGGCCGGUCUGCGCUGCUGCGGUACGCUCUUUGGCCGCUAGACUUUCACAUCCAUGCCGUCCGC